AUGCGACUCUCCAUGUCAACACUCUGCGUGCUUCUCGCCACGGGCGCAAUCGCCCAUCCUCUUGUCGCCAGAACACCAACCCUCGAAUCCCGCCAAGCCUCGGGCCCUGGAACCACCCUACAGUCGGGCUGGUACUGGGUGCGAGCCGUAGUGGCGCCCAACUAUCACAAAUACCUCCAAACGAAACCGGCAAACCAGGCCGGAGUCGCCAUACUGGAAUCGUACACGACGGCGGGACAGUACAAGGUCGAGGAUGGACAACUGGUGGCCAAUACGGGAUCCGGGUCGGCGCCCUUGUAUCUCAAUGUCGAAAAGCCCGCCGAUUUGACGGCGCAGCCGCCGCAGCGCACCCUGGGCACCUCGUUCAACACGACCAAGAACACAUUUGGAACUUUUGUUUUCCAGGGCGACGCUCUUACCUGGAGCACGCCCGAGAUCCAGCGCCAAAACCUUGCAGCUUGGCUCGUCUGCACUGGACAAAAGUUGUACAUCAACACUGGUGCCUAUGCGUACCAGACACCCAGUGGCUGUGCUGAUCAGACGAUUCACUACUAUAAUGACGCACAUGCUAAUGGGAAAUGA